AUGAACAGAGUAGUUAAGGAAGUUACCAUUUCACAGUGCAUUAAAAAUUGGGAACACAAAACGGGGAAAAAAAUAAGCGAAGAAGAAAAUGUCAGUUUUAUUUGUAACAUUCCACUAAUAGAAAAAUUAGACCAAAGUAUAAAUACGUUGGAAAAAUGUAAACGUUUAUCUUUGUCUACUAAUAGGAUCGAAAAAUUUGUUCCCAUGUCUGGGCUAAAAAUAUUGUCAAUUGGAAGAAAUUGUAUUAAAAAACUCCAAUUCUUAGAAGAUAUAAGUGGGACACUAAAACAAUUAUGGAUAUCAUAUAAUAAUAUUGAUAAGUUAGAUAAUUUGCAAUCUUUAAAAAAUUUGCAAGUUUUAUAUUUAUUUCAUAAUAAAAUAAAAUGCCUUGAGGAAAUUGACAAAUUGAACACUUUACCUGAACUAAUUGAGCUAGGACUUAAAGGAAAUCCAAUAUAUGAAGGAAGAACCAAUGAAUACAUGAAGUUAGUCAUUUUGAAAAAGUUGCCUCAAUUGAAAGUGGUAGACAAUGAAACGAUAACAGAAAAGCAGAGAAACGAUGCCCUUACAAUUGAAGUGGUUUAA